GCCGAAGUUAAAAAAAUAAAUAAUUUGAGUUCAAAAUCGGUUUAAAAUAUUUCUUUCGCGUCAUUUGCGAUAAUGUCGAGCAACAAAAAACCGAAACCUAAUUAUGAAGAGUUCAGAAAGAGACGAGACGAAGAGAAAUCUGCACGCCAGGAAAGGAUUAAAGAUCGUUUAAAUGAAAUUCGAUUAAAUAAGUUAGCAAACGUGGCGAAAUUGAACGCCGAGCUCAAAGAAAAUCAAUUCUAUAUCGGUGCCAUUGCAGGAGCAGGUGCAACUCAAAAAAUUCAAAAAACUGGCUCUGUUGCUGCUGCCAACCAGAAACCACUGCUGCCGAACAAUGCGAAAAAAACUGAACCAACUCUUCAAAGUCCCCCACUUGUCAAGGGAUCACCAGUUAAAAGGAAAGUAGAAACGAAGGCAGCCAUUAAAAAUGUCCCUACCAAGAAGUCUUUUGGUGUUGGUGGGAUUGUUUCUGCCAGUGCCAGGAAGUCACCAAGAGUGAACAAUGUAAAGAGCAAAGUAGAUUUGAUCAGUAACAGAAGAAAAGAGCUAAAUGUUUGGAAGAAAGAAAAGGAUUUGCAAAUCAAAAAAUUAGUGUCAUCCAACACAUCAAAACUGGUCGGGCAAACAAAAUCAUUCCUGUCCAAAACUACAUCAAAUUUGUCUGCCGAUAAAAAAAGUUUAGUAAAGAAUAGUAGUACUGCUGUGAAUAAAAUCUCAUUGAAUAAAACAGUUAAUCAGUGUCCACCGAAUAAGCAAAAGAUUGAAAAUACUUUUUCAAAAAAAGCAGUCCCCAUCCAAAUUGCACCAACAUCAAAAAAGGCUUCGUCGGUCGCUGCCAGCCAUCCAGCUCGUAGAAUGACAGUCAUCCAUUCCAAUGUGGUCACAAAAAGAAAUUCAUUAUCCAAACAGUUUUUGAAGUCAAGAAAAUCAAUUGCAGUUGUAGCAAAUAGUGCAUUGGGUUUUUCAAAUAAACACGAUGAUGUUGCCCUGAGGAAGACUGCAAACAACACUAAAUCAACAACAAAAUCAGCUGAAGUAGUGAUAGCAGCGACACAGCAGCCACUAACCACAGAACUGCAACCGCAUAAUCAACGGGCAACAACGUCAGCAGCAGCAACAUCCACAACUUCAACACAACCACAAAAGCCCAUUUCUUACACAAUUGACAUCAAGCCAAUACCUUCUAGCGUAACAAAGAGAAGAAGGACAACCAUGUUUAAAUCACAGUAUCAACCAAAGGAAAACCUGACUAAAUCAGUCAUGAAAGAGAAGUUGACAGAUUGGUUGAAGACCCAGGGCAAAUCACCGACUGCCUACAAGCGUCACAUGUGCUGCUACGGUCUGCACAAGGAUUCACCCUUACACUCGUCCACUACUAAAAAAGCACAGCCUAAGGAGCAUAUGAGGUUGAAGAAUUUAAAAUUGGAAUCCAUCAAAUUGCCAUCUCUCUCAAUCUCUCUCAAUGCCAUCUCUGACAACGACGACAACAUCACCAGUGAUAAAAACGACGUUAAAACGUUAACAAUAACUGAAGAGCCAGCAUCAUUAGAUAAGAAUGAAGAGCCGACAUCAUCAGAUAAAAGAGAAAGGAGGACCACAGAGGGUAAUGUUGCUGGCUGUGUAGCACCACAAUCUGAAAGAAAGUUGCCAAAUAGAGGUGUAAGAAUAAUGGGUGAAGUCCAGGAAAAAAAUGUCUUUAGGUCUUCUGAUAUUUUCUAUCUGUGCAAAGAAAUCAAAGAAAAUUUGAACAGAACAUCCAGCUUUUUGGACAGAAGUAGUUUGAUAAACGUUGACUGCAGCAGCAGCAGCAACAACAGCAAAAGUCAAACCACCCCAGCGUCAAAAAGAAGCUUCGAAAAGUCCAUCAUUAAACCUGGCAAAACAAACAAUGAUGGUGAUGAAAAGAGAGAUGAUAAUGGAAAUGACAAGAGAGAUGAUGAUGGAGGCAAGAGAGAGGGCGAUGAUAAAAAAGAUGAACACCUCGGGAACAAAAGCGUUAAAAAAUGUCGUUUCCAUCACGACGAAAAGAGAAAUGGGAGAAACGAUAACGAUGAUAAGGGUGGUGAUGGUGAUGAAUCAAUUCCGCCAUUUUUUGGUACACCACAUAAAAAGUGCUACGUCAUCACGCCAGUUCGAAGGUCAACCAGAAAGAGUUGUCUUGCCACAAAACACUCGGUAAUGGAUGGUGACGUCAUAGUGGAAUCGAUGGAUGAACUUCCUGUAGAGACGAAGGAAAGAAGCAUCUUCAGAUCAAAUAAGAGAAUAGCCAUCUUUGGAAACUCGGAUGCUGAAAGGGAUAACCAUAACAAUAAUAAUAAUAAUAAUAAUAAUGGUGGUGGUGAAAUUGAUGGUAAAGGGCGUUUGUACUUCGGAAUUUGGCACCCGUGCAAAAAUCACGUUUCACUACAUUUCUGA